CGUCCCUCCUACUUGGCUAAACCAAACACCAGAAAAAGCCUCAGCACUGCCGGAUAUUUUUGUUCAGAUCGACACACUAUUGACGUGAGAUCUCGGGGGAUAACGUUUCACAAAAACCCCCACUUAAAGACUGCAGAGAACCCGCUCUGGCAUUGAACACACCUGUUUGUAAUUGAUAAUCAGAGGAACUGAUGAUGUUGGCACAUAUUUAAAUUGAUUGGUGAGGGGUGGCUUACACUUACAGGAAGAUGGGGUACCAAAGAAAAAGCAGAGUGGAUGUCCAUGUUUCUGCCUGGCACCUGACCUCUACCCUCUUGCUUUUUGCUUUGAUCUUCCCUGCUUUCACUGUGGGGACCCUUCUUUGUAACUUCUGCCCCCUGAUGCCCAAAAAUGUACCCUGCCAAAUCCUCAACACGGAGUGUCCGCCCAACCAUCGCUGCGCCAGUUCCUGGGGAUGGCAAGGCUUCCGCCAUGUUCUGUCCUCUCAAGGCUGCUUGGAUAUCAAACUCUGCAACUCCCAGGAAAUGGUCAGAUAUCGGGGUCAACAGUACGACCUCACUCACAGCUGCUGCUGUGGAAACAAAUGCAACCUGACACCAAGGACCAACGCCAGCCUGAUUAUAUCACUUUAUUUCAAAACUAGUCCAGAUAAGCUCAUCUCCACUCUAAUGAAGAUGCUCCGGAGUCAAACCUGUUCAAACCAAACCGCAUCAUCUUCUGAUAUAAAAUUAUAACUGUGUUGAAGACGGAGUGGAGGCCUGUUUACCACUGGACCUAACCUUAGUUCUCAAAAGUAAACUCACAUUUAGUCAGAUGUUUGUUUGCUUAAACUGCUUAAACUGAUGUGAAAAUAUGGAAGAGGAAAAAAUAGUAUUGGUUAUUGGUGGUUUUCACAUGUUUAACCCAGAGAGAAAAGGUUGGCUUGUUCAUCCAUCCUCCUGAUUGACUGUGGUCAAUAAAGCACCCUGAUUAAGAAACAA